UACAAAUAACGGUUGGCUGGCACUAAUGGUGGUGGUGCGUGAAGACGGGAACCGCAAUAUGUGCAGUAACGUCUAACUCUGUGAAAGUGGGUGACAAUCCGUCAGCACAAGAGUCGUACCUGUUGUUUCAGUUCGCGAUAAGAAGUGAAAUGGCGACAAAGAAGUAAAAUGUGAUUCCCGAAUGCCGUCAAGUGGCGAGUGACCCAGAAAAGGGUGGGCGAAAGCAAAAAGUUGGGAUCACGCCCCAUUUACUGCAUUGGGUGAGGAACAGCCUCAUCUUGCAAAGUCCUGGCAAGCAACUUGGGGUUAAUAAAUAGCAACAGCAGCCAUACGAUCGCAAAUACUAGGCUUUGAGUGGUGCUGCAUUGAUAAGUCGUUUAGACAUUGCAUUAGGUACGUGUUCGUGCAGUAUGGUUUUCGACAGUUAAAUGUGGAUGCAGUGAAUUUUUUUUCCUCUUAAUCGCAAAUAGAUGGAAUUUAGUGCGUCAGAGGUAAAGGAAAAUGCUCGUAAACAAAAAUAUUUUGAUACAGUGAGAGCUCAAGGAUCCAGCUGUGCUGGCAGACAAGCAAACAAACAAAUACCCUUGAUGUACAACGCUCCACCCCCCCCCCCCACACCCACCCCUUGGCCUCUUGGGCACAUCAGCCUGCAACAAGUGAUGUCAUCAUAAUAUGUCAUGGAAAAAGGAGUCAGCGGAGUAUAAAUAAGUAAUGAAAACAGACGUCAUGAGAGUAAUAUAAGGAUGCCAGACUGCAGAGAAGUGUUGAAGGACUUGUUUUUAUCAUCAAUAAGUCAAGACUUAAUAGUUACCAAGGAUGGGCGUCUUGACACUGGCGUUGGUUUUAGCUGUGAUGGCAGAUUUUCUGUCUCCAGCGUCGUCAUGUUCCUGUUUCUACCGCCACCCACAGCAACACGUCUGCGAGGCCGAUUUCGUGGUGUUUGCUCGCGUAAGGAAAGUAACCCAUACGCCAGAUGGCCUUACUGCAUACAAAGUCAAGGUCAAGAGGAUAUUGAAGGCAUCAGAGAAAGUCGAGUUGAUCCUCCAGAAGGGAUUGAUAUACAGUAUUCCCGGAACCUGUGAGAUGAAGCUGGAAUCGCGAACGAGUCAGGUCAUCACUGGCAACGUGGAGGGUGGAAAGCCUUGGACUAACUUGUGUCACUAUGCUAAACCUUGGCGAACUCUCUCAAGCAAGAUGAAAAAAGGGUUCAGACUUCUGUAUGAAAGAGGAUGCGACUGUCCUAUUAUGUCAUGUGCUUUCUGGGAAGACUGCCCAAAGGCCAGUUUCCUAUGUGCAUGGGAAACUUCCAAUGAAGAAAAUGACUGUCAAGGACGACAUGCAGUGUGUCUUCGGGGUCAGGAUGGAACCUGUGACUGGCUGGGAGGGCGACUUUACAGAGAAUGUAUGAAACCCCGUCGCAAGCAACUUACCAAUGAGAUAACAGUCACUGAUAAUAAACAAGACAACAACAUUAACAGUAAAAUCAAUACUAACCCACGACGUCGUCGACCUUCACGUUUUGGCUACAAAAGACCUAGACUUCACAAAGUUGUAAGGCCCAGGAAAGGCCGUCCUUACAUUCACGAAGUAGUUAAUACUGAAAAGGCCUUUGUACCAAAAUAAAGUUGAUGAUAUAAAUUCACAAAACAUGGAAGACAUCAUUGUAUAAUAUUAAGACUUGAUUCAUUUUGGUACAUUAUGGCUAAGUAAUAUUUAGUGCCGUUAGAUUGUAUUACAAAGGAUAAACUUAUGUUGAAUUAAGUUCACAUAUGUAAGCAUGACAAAUCUUAUGCUGACAAAUGUUACUCUUGUAUAAGAAUUUUGAGUGUUAUGAUGCUUCAAAAUAUUUCAGUAAUUAAACUUUAUUAUAUAAAAAUAUAUAUAUUUUUUGGGGGGUAAUGGAGCUUCAUAUAUUUUAUGGUGAAGGUACUUGUUUUUAUAAAUGUUGGAAUGAAUCUAGUCCUUAUUGGUAAUAAAUAGUAACACUGUAGACAUAAAGGAAAUAAAUAUAUGUGUGUGACAGUUAGUGUGGAUGUGUGGUGUUUCAUAGUGUAUGUGAAUUGAUGAUAUUUGCAUUUCCACUAUCUCCAAGUGGUCUUGAUGUCGGAGUGUUUAGAUACUAUAUUGUAAAUGUAUUUGUAUAUUGUUAUGCAUUUAUGCUGUUAUUUGAUGGGCAAGGUCCAUUUUAGUAGCUAUUACUAUAAUCUGGUAUAUUUUUGAAAGACCAAAAUAUACUGUAAGAAAGGCUCAUUGAAAUUGCAUUUGAUGUAAGGUUUAGAUGUACGGUAAUUUGAUUUAUCUUUGUUAUAGAAGCUAAAUCCUUAAUUUUGUAUAUACUCGCAUUUGCUGCACAGUUUACUGUAAAAUAACUUAUAUAUUAUAAGCUGGGAAGUAAAAUGGUAGUGGAGACAUAAAUUAUUUCAUUAGUUGCUGUUUCAAUUUUAAGCAAAUUGAUUUAAUUUCAGUGCUUUUUAUUACUAAUUACAGUACAUAUUUUCAUGAUGUUCUCACACCACCAAAUUUAUUUCAACUCACCAGCUGUGAUAGAGGUCACUAUAGGCUGCUGUCUACAUAGUCUCAUUUGUUUUUACUCCAAGGGUUUGGCAUUGUGAAGUCUAAUGUAACUGAUACAUGGACUCUCAGGUGCUUCUAAGCAUAGGGAAAAUGCUUUCCAAAUUGUGUUUGUCAUUGUACAAAGUCCUACCUCCUUGUUGAGAUGAUCUGUAAAUGAAUUAUAAACAAAGAUAUAUAUUUAUAUAAAUAUACAGCCCAAUAUAUAGAACUAUAUAUGUAAAUUACAUAGCACAAGUGACGUAGUCUGUAUAAAAAACAGUAUGGAAAUAUCACCGUCACAUCAUUACAAAAGCAGGUAAAAACAGAAGGCAUAGACAAUCCUAUGGACAACCUGAACAUACACCUAGAUAAUAGAUUCACUUUCACAACCACAUGUAAUAAGAAACAUGAAAAUGGUGCUUGGUAUAUAAUGGUACAGUACACACUGACAAAAAAAAAAUUAAAUCGCAGCUCGGUGAUAAAAAUGAAACUAAAGCAAACACUGAACAUAUACAUCCUUUAUCAAUUUUUAUACUCUUGCACUUUAUAUCCAGUAAUGAUUUAAAAGCCCAGUCAUGUAAUUCUGUUCCACAUUGAAAUACAAAUAAGCAGACUGGAAAAAAUGCAACUUAUUCCUUGGACAAAAUCAACUUAUGAAACAGAGUGUAUCCUUCAGAUAUAUCGUAAAUUCCAUUAUUAAUGCUGCUGACAAGUAUACAUAUUCCAAAAUCUUUGCCCUAUUAAAGUCAACCUAAAAGCUCCACAGGGUCCAAAUAAUCAGCAUUGAUCAAUCAAAAUCAAAGUAUUAGUCAAUUUAUUUUCCCCUCCAAUUUUAUAACCUCUCAAAAUCUUGCCCACUUGAAGAUAAUACUUCACUUCAAACAUUAUUAAUUUAAUCUUAUGUUAAAAUAUUAAAGCCAAAAUACAAUGCAGGAUGAAUGAAGCAAAUAGAGGGGAAGUAAUUUCAAGAAAACAAUAGUAUACAGUACAGUGUUUGGAAAACACAGAUAGAAAAAUAUAUCUCCACCAUGCAAACCAAAAACCAAAUAAAAAAAUUGUCAAAAUUCUUUUAAAUGUUGGAUCAAAUGCAAGACAACUAGGACAAAGCAGUCACGUUCCACAUGCAAUAUCAAGUUUAUUUAGAACAUCUACAGUACAUUACAACUGAACAAAAUCUUGAUUACUACAAAUAUAAAAAAGAAGUCGUGAGUUUUUAACUUGUGUAACAACCAAAGGUCUACAUUAUAACUGUUUAUGACUGAAGAAUGAGAAAUUCCCAGUCAAGAUAAACAUCAAUUUUGAUUUAAUCAAAUAUCUAGCCCUUGCAUAACUAGUUAUUUAUUCCAUUCUAGUUGUGGAAUAUGAAAUUGUUUCCAAAUGAAUUGUAACAUUCUUAUACCAAAUAUCAACCCAAGCAAAGAUGGUAAAAAAAAAGGGAUUUUGACGUAGGAAAAAUCUAUUUCUGGGCGAGGAAGCCGUGUCGCCCAGUGAAAUGUGUCCUCUUUAGCACUAUUUCUAGUAAAAUAUUGCUAUGAUACCAGAGAACUGCUAAAUUGGACAUGUCAGAAGUCUCUGACUCGCUCACCUAAAUAAAAGGUGUCGGUAUAGAACUGGGGCGAGUGUCAACCCAGUUAGUACCAGAUGAAAAUAGAUCAGUUUGAACAACUAUGUAAUAUAGAUCAUCUGAAAAGAAUUUGAAUGAAAAAUAACUAUUGCAAUAUUUUUAGACAUACAAAGGUUUACUAUACUUCAUGUAGAUACACUACUACUGUGUAUGGAAAGCAUGAUAAAAACAAUAGUUUUUAAGCCACCUACCUUUAUUUAUAUAGAAAAAACUUCUUGCUGCACUUUACAAAGGCAAAUAGAUAACAAUCAGACACAUAGUAGACACUGUUAAAUGGUAUAUCACAGGGAAAUGUUAAACAGCACAAUGUCUCUCCCUGCAAUGAAAAAUAUCAAAUCAGUUACUGGGCAAUAUUAUAAUUUGCAUGUUGUUUCGGAUUACGUAUUCUACACUGCCUCAAAUUUAUAUUCCCCAAAAAUCUAUUUUUAAGAUGAAAAAAAUUGCAAUCACAAAGGCCCUCUUCAGUAGACAAGCAAGAAAUCCCUAAACUGAACUGAAAAUGAGAACUGUAAAGGUACUACAUUUGAACGUUGAUACACACUUCAACUAAAUAGAAUUCAUUGCACACUCAAAAGCUAAAUGCAUAAAUGAAAUGUAAUAACCUAAUAAAAAAGCGAUCAUAAAUGACUUUGAGAGCUGACAGGACUACCCUGAUAAUAUUAUACAAAGCAAUUGUUCUAUAUACUUUUAGACAAUGGAAGCCAAAAUAUGUGGCUCAGCAUCAGACCCAAUUCACAAUAAAUGAUUUGGUAUAUUGCACUGGUGUAAUGCAUUCAAGUCCUGUUCAAGCUGAAAUUCAAUUAAAGUUUUAUAGAUAUUCAUCCAACACCACUUCCAAUUUGAGCUAACAAUUUUUUAGUUGACAUAGAUAUAGCACAGUAAAAAGUGAGGGGAAUUGCCACUUUUAACUUUUAAAGAUUUAUUUGAUGAGAAGAUUUAUCAGAAGAGGCCCUUAAUACAUUACUAGAGUUUCCCCCCCCCCCUCUAAAUUAUGCACACUAAGCACGUCUAUACACACUUGUACUGAACUCCAAUGGCUAUAAAAAAAAAUAAUGCAUAUCCCCUGAAUAUCAGAGCAACAUGCAAUAAAAUAUACUAAACAUAGAGGUCUACAUGAUGUAAUUUAUAAGUGACUCCAAAUCAUUAGGUGUAGGAUUUUCUGCAAAAUCCUCAAUGAAACAAACUAUGCAGUUUGCACAUGCAUUCCUAAUAAAGAAUCUGUUUUCGCACUAGAACUAUCUGCAAUAUGGUCAACAAUUAGAAUUUUUAAAAUUAUAAUAUGCAACCCCAGGAAUUUGUAAUUUUCAGAGAUUAAACAUACAUUAGAAGCCCUUCAACAUCUUGAGUAAAUAGAAGCACUGUAGAUAAAGAAUCAGACAGCAAGAAAUUACAACAGAUGAAUCCUAGUUUCAAACAAUUUGUAAAUCUUCAGCAUAUUCAGUUUAGCCAAUUAUUAAAAUUCUAAUGAACUGCAAUACGACAUUAAAUAAAUACUAAUAAUAAAAAAAACUCAUGAUUUUCUGAUUUCCAUAAAACACAUUUGAAUAUUUAUUUGACAAUUAACAACUAAAGUCACCGAAUUGAUUUUACAUAUGUUCAACCAAUUAGGAAACCAUUUACACACUGUAGGCGAGACGUAGCUUCAGUAGCUAGUACUUCACAUAAAUCAACUGAAAAAUACUAUCUAAAUGUCCUUGCUUAUGCAUUUGAGUUUUAGCCCUGCAUUUUUCUUCUAUCAGUUGUGUUUGUGAUGUUCCCUUUCUUCUAUGCUGUCAUUAUCACAGGCAUUCAUGUAAUGCAGUAAAUACAUGUUAUUGUACAUGAUGAAAAAAUAAAUCUUGCUGCAUAUUUUUACUCAUCCAUUGUGUAGUUCAAUAUUGCUAUCCACUCCCAAGUUACAGUGCCAUUCUUGUAUCUGUCCUUAUUAGCAGUUAAAAUUUUCUGUCAUUACCAUGGAUAAAAGGAAAAACGUGCUCAUUAACUGUAUCAUAAACGUAUUUGAAAUAUAUUAGUAGUAAUUAGUUUCUAGCAUUCAAGGGUUGGGAUUGAGGUGGUUUAUUCUCCUACAAAGCAGCUUUGAUUUAACCAUCGGUAUCUAGAUUGCAAAUGGUGGUACUAAUGUCUUCACAACUAUUAGUAUUUGUAAAAUUGUUAGCUGCAAAGCAAACUUUGAACAGUGACUGUAAUAAUUAUAAUCACUGAUAGUACCCACUAGAAAAUUGUCUUUUAUUCACUAAGCUUCUUUUACAUUUUUUCUCUCGUGUAAUUCUACAGUGUUCCUCAGUAAGAUGUCUGGAAUUAGAGAUUUAAAAAAAUAACAAUCUACCAUAUAUACUCUGUGCUUUUUGAGAUGUGGUCAUGAAAGCAGAAAUAAAAUUUUUCAAGAUUC